GAAGCAGCGCGUAAGGCAGAAGAAGAGAGGAAAGCUAAAGAAGCAAAGGAACAAGCCCAGGAAGAGGCUGAUCGCCAAAUACGUCAAGAACACCUUCGAUCACUUUUGGAUCGCGAAAAGGCCAGAUUAAGGGCUCUUCAGGAGAAGGAAGCGGCGCAGCGUCGCCUUUUAAUGGAGAAGCAGGAGCUAGAAAACAAAAUGCGUGAACUCCAAGAACGAGCUGCUAUGCAGGAAAGGCCUCCAGCAGUAAUAGGCCAAUUUUUUCCAAGGAACGGCCCCAGCCCUUAUGUGAGUCUUCCAGAACCACAGUUGGUCAGUCCGCAGUUGAGACCCAGUUCUAGUAGUUUUCAUAAUCCACCACAGGAAUCAUUUCGACAACCUCUGCUUGGGCGUGCUCCAUCAAUUAUGCAAAAUGAGCCUAACUGCCCUAAUCCUCCGCUGGUGCCUUUUGUCGCUGGGUCUACAAUGGCUCGAGAUACUCGCGAAAACGAUGGACCAAAGCCGCUUUUUCCAAAAUUUAUUCCUGUUUCCGAGCAAAUGCCGAUUUACAAGGGAUUGGAAGACUCACAAAAAGCUCCUCGACUGAAGAAGAAGUCGGCAUCUGCAGAAACAUGUGUGAUUGCUCGUCCAUCGCUUUGUGAAAGGAAGGUUGAUCCGUACUUAUCAAAUGCGAAAAUUAUUCAAAGCAGAGAUCAACUCGUGGAUUUCAGUGAGUGCAUUUUGGUCCCUCUUUCCUUAUUGCACGCUUAA